AUGAUUUCAUUGUGUAGUUACAUCAUUGUUUUCCUAGCGAUCCAUGUCUCAUCCCUCAUUGCUAUACCUCACGGCCGUAUUCGCACCUUCCGUUGGAAAAUUACGAAUAUCACAGACGCUCCUGAUGGCAUUCCUGUCUUUGCAAUAGGCAUCAAUGGCAGGACAGGCGCCUCGACUGUAAUUGACGUCAAUCUUGGGGACCUCAUCAAAGUGCAUGUGACAAAUGCACUGGACGUGCCAACAGCUUUGCACUGGCAUGGCAUCUUACAAGAAGGUACGGUGGAUAUGGAUGGGCCCGCUAUGGUCACCCAAUGUCCUAUUCCGCCAGCUGGCACCUAUACGUAUACUUGGCGAGCAACUGAAGCAGGAACAUUUUGGUGGCAUGGCCAUUACCGAGGACAAUUAUCCGACGGCCUUCGUGGUCCGAUCAUUGUGCGAGGAGCUGAGACUUUUAAUUACGAUGAGGAGUAUAUUGUUUUCUUGGAAGACCAUUUCUAUAGGACAUCCGAAGAAGAAAUAGCCGACUACCUCAUCCCACGAGCCGUUGUGCCUCUUCCUGAGUCUGGUCUCUUGAACCGUAAAGGCUUUCCCCACGGCGGGUUGGAUGGCGUCGGUGACCCCUCUAAUCUUACUGACUUCAUAUUUCAACGGAAGAAGCGUUACCUCCUACGUAUCAUCAAUGCCGCUGCCGUCGUACCUUUUGAGUUCUCCAUCGACAAACACAGAAUGACAGUUGUGCAAGCAGAUGCCACCGAUGUGACGAAUAUGACUGUGGACAGUAUUUAUAUUGAUAUUGCACAACGAUAUUCCGUCAUUGUGCAUGCCGAUCAACUUGUAGAUCGAUACUGGAUGCGAGCUCGUCCAAGUACAAGUGCUAAGGAGAAUCCAGUCACUCUACCGGAAAACGGUCUGGCGCUGAGCCCAAUGGUUCCCCUGAUGGCCCCACCCAAAGCCGAUAAGACGUACGUCUUUGCGUGGGACUUUCAUGCAGAUGAAAGUGGGCGAGAUGAUAGCGAAGUCACUCGCGGAUGGAUCAGCGUGAACAUAACUAGGCCACUGACUCGGAGUGACGGGCUGAGUUACGUGACGCCAAAACGACCAACUUUGUUCGACGUGGUGGACGGAAAGGACCCGGACACCCUGCCCAAAGAAAGCGUUGUUUUCACAGCAGAGCCUCAAGAAGUGGUUGAUAUUGUGUUUAUGAAUAGAGAGUUUCCACCUCAUCCAUUUCACCUCCACGGCCACACGGUAUGGGUCCUCGGCUACGGCACGGCCAAGUCCUAUGCGGAAAUUCCCUUUGAGAACUUCAAUUUGACAAAUCCUCUGCGCCGCGACACCUUUAGCGUCCCAUCUGGAACUUGGGAUGGGCUCACUUUCGGGUGGACAGUGGUUCGCUUUGUUGCCAAUAAUCCCGGUGUGUGGUUCCUCCACUGUCACUUAGAGUUCCACAUCAUAGCAGGGCUUGCAAUGACUCUGGUUGAAGACGUGGCCGCUCUGAGAAGAAUGGGAAUAUCGCCACAAAGCAGGCAACUAUGCAGAAGCUUUGAGGAAUGGAGAGAAAAGAAUGAACUUGGUGAGAAACUGGUUGACGCUACGGAAGAGGGAGAUAUGUUGGUCAUGCAGCCAUGA